CGCGCGCCUUCGACAUGACUGGAAGCAAACUUAGCGCCAUGCCGUGGCUGCGCUUCAUCCAGCACGAGGCAACGGGCUACAACGCGAUCACCAAGUUCAACGAGAUAACAAGCGCCUUUUGUAUGAAACUUAUUGAAGACCACAAGGCCACAUAUGUUCCAGGGAAGAAGAGGGAUCUCAUAGAUGCAUAUUUGUGUGAAAUUGCAAUAGCUGAAGAAGCCCAAAUUAAUAACAGAACAUUUAUGGAGGAUCAGCUUCUCAGUGUGUUAUACGACAUGAUUGUCGCUGGCUUGGAAGAAACAAGCUACACUCUUCGAUUUGCAUUCCUUAUGAUGUUACGGCAUCCCGAUGUCCAGGGACGAGUGCACAAUGAGAUAAAAGAGGCAGUCGGUACUGACAGACUUCCAACACUCGAGGACAAAGACAGGUUGGUUUACACCAUGGCUGCCCUAAUGGAGUCAAUGAGAAUGUGUUACGUGUUUCCAAUAAAUGGAUUUCGGCGGUCACUCGAAGACACCACGCUACACGGCUAUAGACUCCCAGUGAAUACAACUGUGCUGGUAAACUACUGGUCACUGCUUAUGGAUAAAGAACUCUGGGGUGAUCCUGAAGUUUAUCGACCAGAACGUUUCAUUAGUGAAACUGGACUACUUAGAGAGGAUGACACAUUUUUGCCGUUUGGUCUUGGUCGACGUAGGUGUAUGGGGGAGCAAUUUGCAAAAAGUUUUUUAUUCCAAACUUUUGCUGGAGUCCUGCAAAAAUUUCAACUUGUUCCUGCUGAUGGUACUGACCUGAAGCCUACUGCUGUUGGGGGAUUUAAUCUUGCACCAAAAACUUAUGACAUCAUUUUCAAAUCUCGAUAA